GCUCUGAACUACAAUACCCUUAAUUCCGUCCGCGCGUCAACAGCAACAGCUAGGAUGUUGCGAUAUCGCUGGCAGCCAAAGAUUGCUAUGGUUGCAGAGAUUAGGCUGCUGGGUUGAAACCUCUGCCUGAUGUUUUGGUAGAUGUCAAAUUCUGUGGUUUCUCAUUUGCAGCCACAGUUGCAACAGACGGAGGCUGUAGUUUCCUGUCGACUCUGCGCUUGUUUGUGUUGAUGGAAGGCUGCAUCGCGCUAAAGCGUUAGCUUAUUAAAAAUCAUAGUUUUAUCGUAAAUGGAAGCAAUUAUAUAGCUAGAUGGGCAGCUAUGUGCCAUCAAACGGUUGCUUCACUUGACUGAGGAUGGAAAGAUUUUUUCGGGCAGCGCUAUCAUACAAGUUACACGUCGGAUACAUCGCACUCGAAGACAUUAUCUUCAGAGGAUAACCUGGAUAACCUUACACGAAAUGUCAUAGCGCGUAAGUAGCUAGCACUUAGCUAGCUUGGUAAUGGUUGGACGAGAUGGAGAGGGACCUAAUGUUAUCAUCAGCAGCAGCCGACCAUGAGCAGCUGGAUGGAUAGCUAAAGAAAUACUUUCUCCGGAGAUGCUUUAGCCUCCUGGGUGGUGUAAUUCACUUACAUAACAGCUACUCGCAACCGCUCUAGCUAUCACCAACUGGCUUGUGUUGGCAAGCAAAUGGGAAAUUUGGCACCACAAAUCUGGGUUGUCGCAACAUCAUAAGUGACAAAGGCAUCACUGCAUGUUUUGAGGCUGCAAAAAAGACUUCGGAUUCGUUAGGUUCACAAUCUGACCUGCAUUAUCCAUCAGUGCAAUAAUUCACUGCACAGGAAACAAGCAGUUCGUCUUGUGUUUCUGUGAUUGACUCCUCAAAUACUCCUCCUGUCAUUUCGACAACAUGAGGAAGUUCUUUGAUUCUCGUCGGGAGUUGGUGAGCUCCGGGCCUGGUUCUGGAGGAGGAGGUGGCAGCUCUGGGUCCAGUCAUGCAGGCGGAAAUUUCAUUGGCAGAGCCUUCACUGUCGGACGGCACCAAGUCACUGUUGACGAGAUCAUUGCUGAAGGCGGUUUUGCAAUUGUGUUCCUUGUGCGAACAAAUCAAGGGGUGCGUUGUGCCCUGAAGAGGAUGUAUGUCAACAAUGAACAUGAUCUGCAGGUGUGCAAACGCGAGAUUCAAAUAAUGAAAGACCUCGUCGGCCACAAGAAUAUUGUUGGUUAUCUGGACUCCAAUAUUACAGCUAUGGGAUCGAGGGAUGUAUGGGAGGUUCUCAUACUUAUGGACUACUGCAAGGGGGGGCAGGUGGUCAAUUUGAUGAAUCAGAGGCUGCAGACUGGUUUCACUGAGGCCGAAGUGCUGCAGAUCUUCUGUGACACCUGUGAUGCUGUUUCUCGCCUGCACCAGCGCAAGACACCCAUCAUCCACAGAGACCUCAAGGUGGAGAACAUCCUCCUGCAUGACAAGGGUCAUUAUGUGCUGUGUGACUUUGGCAGCGCCACUAACAAGUUCCAGAGCCCACAGACUGAAGGAGUGGCCGCCGUGGAGGAAGAGAUCAAAAAGUACACCACUUUAUCAUACCGUGCCCCUGAGAUGGUGAACCUCUACAACAACAAGAUUAUUACCACAAAAGCAGAUGUCUGGGCGCUGGGCUGUUUGCUGUACAAGUUGUGCUUCUUCACUCUGCCCUUUGGUGAAAGCCAGGUGGCCAUCUGUGAUGGCAGUUUCACCAUACCAGAUAACUCCCGCUACUCUUAUGAUCUUCACUGCCUCAUUCGAUACAUGCUGGAGCCAGAGCCAGACAAAAGACCAGAUAUCUACCAGGUGUCCUACUUUGCAUUUAAACUAGCUCAGCGGACCUGUCCUGUUCAGAAUGUGACGAAUUCUCCAAUUCCUUCUAAACUUCCUGAGCCAAUCAAAGCGAGCGAGGCUGCUGCAGCAAAGAAGAGCCAGACUAAGCCCAGACUGACAGAUCCAAUUCCCACCACUGAAACCUCCAUCACCCCUCGCCAGAGGCCCAAAGCAGCCCAUACCCAGCCUGUGGCUGGCAUCCUCCCCAUCCAGCCUGCUGCUCUCACCCCUCGCAAGCGGGCUAAUCUCCCUGGUGGUGCAUCUCAGCCUGUGGGAGUCAGCUUAGACCUCUCUCAGCCAGCUGCAGCUCUGCAGUCACAGAAGGCACAGACUUCAGUUCUGCCACUCAUCCAGUCACAAAACAAUUCAAGUCAGGCUGCGGCUCCACAGAAGCAGCCGGCCGCAACUACAGGAGCAGAGACUUCAACAGCCGCAGCAGUCGUGUCACCAGUGACCAAGGCCGAAGUCCAACCACAAGCACAGCCAAUAGUUCAGCAACAGACCACACCUCCCUCUGUGGUCAGUGCCACCUCCCAGAAGGCAGCUCAGUCUCCAUUGAGCCCGGCUCCACCUCAACGCCCAGCUCGACGCAAGCAGGCUGGCCAGGCUCAGCAGCCAGCAGCUCAGUCUUCACCCAGCAAACCAGCCUCUGGUCAGCCACCUGUAUCUCUUCAGCAGCAGCAGAUAACUCAGCCAUCAGCUGCCCAGGCUCAGCCUGCCUCCACUGAGAUCAUCCAAAAAGCAGCUGAGACAACUCCACCUGCUUCUCCAAAGACAACUGAAGAACGAGGCCACCAACGCAUACCGAGUGACGCCUCAGCGGGCAGUGUUGCUGGAGUCCCAGUGAGUGACUCCUCACAGCAGCCACAAGGAGCUAAUGGAGAUGCUGCCCUCAACCAAUCACUUACAUCUCAACCAGUCACUGCCCAGCCUGUUCAGCUUGGUGUUAGUGAUGCAGGCCAGGACCAAAGCAAAGCUGGACCCACUGUUGUUGCGUCUGGCGGUGCCACCACCAACACCCCCACACAGCCUGCAUGGAACCCAUUUGACGAUGACAACUUCUCCAACCUCACUGCAGAGGAAUUCAAAACUGAGGACAAAAAGCCUACUGGUAAAGUUUGUGUGGACCAACCUUCAGAAAUUGAGCCAACAUCCUGUGAGGAGUUGAUACCAGGCCUGCAGGCCUCAACUGUAGACAUUACACCCCAAGAAACUGUUGAAAGACCAUCAGCCAUUCUUGAUGUGGAGUCAGGAGCCACACUGUUGGUUGUCCCAGAUCCUUUCUGUACCCUCGAACUGUCAGAUGCACCAGAGAAGCUGAUUGAAGGACUAAAAUCUCCUGACACGUCUUCACUCAUGCUUCCUGACCUCUUGUCAUUGUCUGAUCCCUUCGGUGGCUCUGUGGAACAGUCUGCAAAAGACCCUCUCACUGCAGAUGACUCUCUCCUGGACUCUCUGAUCUCCGGUCCGUCUGCCCCUCCGGCAGUGAGCAGUGCCACCUCCUCCGUCUCCUCUGCUCCCACCUCCGCUGCCUCUGCUUUGGAUGAUUUCAGUCUGUUGUCUGGAAACUGUGCACAGCCUAAAGCAGACUCGUCUCUCCUGAUCUCAGACUUUGAGCCCCAGCAAGCCAGUGCAGAGGCCAGCACGGAGGACGAGUUUGAUCCUAUUCCCGUCACAGGCCGAAAGAACUCCCAAGUUUCAGGAGGCCACUCACGCAGUAACAGUGGCGGCUCUGAAUCCAGCCUGCCCAGCUUGGCCCGCUCCCUGCUGCUGGUGGACCAGCUCAUCGACUUGUAGGCGCCCCCCCCCCCCGUAGAAGCUGUAACACUGGAUUAUAGACUGGCAUAGCAUAACGGCAAUCAACACUGUUGUCAUAGCUAGCUUCCUGCAACCCCCGGCUGUCAUCUCCAUUCUAGUUCCUACAGUAGAAACAGCCUUCGCCUUUCAGUGCUUCUUCAUUCCUGUCCUCUCCGCCGUAUCGAUUGCAUUAUCUGGCUUCUCUUCACCUCUCAUCUCUCACCCUCUCUCUCACAUUUUCUCUUUGUUGUAGUCUCUACACAUCAAGUAUUGUCCAUUGGUUAAAGAGUGGCCAAUACACUAACAUCACCCUUUCUAAAGAUUAACCAUUACAUCUUUCUGUCAAUCAGGAUAUAAUAUUGCUAUCCCGUUUGUUUGAACAAUAUUACAUUAUGUCUAAUAGCGAACAAUAGAAGAUCAUUGUUGUAAUGUACAAUAGGCAUAGUUAUAAGUGGUUGUAGUUAUUAUGGUGCACAAGUGAAUUUGUCGUUGUUUGCCUUUUUAAAUUCUCCUCCCCAGAUUUAUUUGCACAUUUUAAAGUAAAACCAUGGAAAAGUUAAAUGACCAUUUGUUUAAAUGAGGUCAGUUUAUUUCUUCUAUAAAAGGGAAAUUUCUUCAUGUAGCCUGAUUUGCACAGUAGCAUAAAUGUUACCUCUGUCUGUCUGGGCUGUUGGAUGGAAUAUCUUUAACAAUUUAAAGCUGCUAAAGAUUAGACUAAAAAGUUAAAUCAAAUUGAGUUACAAUCUGGAAACAAAACAGCCACAACCACACGUCCUACAAACAACAUACUGUGAUGAAGAGAAGAGCAGGACACUAAACGUUUCCCUGAUAAGACUAAACGGUGAAGUGCCAUAACAUAAUCUGUGAAGCAAACUACUCUGCUCUGAAAAUGUAUCAGCCAAACUAUUUUGUCCAUGAGGCAAGCAAUAGGUUGUUUUGGAAUUAAAUGACAAAUCAGGGUCAUUUAACAGUGUUUAUGGCGGUAUGCCAUAUCAAUAGAAAAUGCAUGAAAUCAUGAAAAUAAUUUGAAUAAUCAACAGUACUAGGAAAUAUUAAAAAUACAGUAGCUAUUAUAUAUAUAGAGAGACCAUUCAUUUAUUCAACUAUUCAGGCCAUUUUUUGGCCCUAACAGAAACAGUCUAAUAUGGCAUUUUAAAAAUGAUUUUCACUCACUCAUGCACUUUUUUUUUUAAUAUCAACAGAAACAUUCAUUCCGCAUUGUGCAAUCUUUCCUACAUUCCUGUCAUUGGUUUACUCGUAAUUUAUGUAAAUAGAUAUCUGCAACCCCUGCAGGCUCUUCCAGACCAUAGAAUUGGGUAUUCUUCCCGUGUAUAUAUUAAAUCAUUGUCAUACAGCUUUACUUGUGGAAAACAUAUUGCUUUACUUGUGAAAUCUCAUAUAUAUAUCUACAUCUACAUAGAUUAAGCUAUAUAUCUAUAUAGAUAUAUAACUAUAUAGAUAUAUAUAUACAGUAUAUAUAGAUAUAGAUAUACAGUAUAUAUGAAUGAGAAAUGACAUUGUUUUCCUGUUAAUAAAUGUUAAUAUGAAUAGAGUGUUAGAGAAUGAAUGUAAGAAAUAAAUAUUAGUCUAUAAUAAAAAAUAUCUAUGAUUCUUAACACCAUAAUCACUGAAUAAUAUUGAAGAAUAUUCUAUAUAAAUAUUUCAUUCCUCUUUGUGGAAAUGUGUGUUGAGAAAGGUUUUUUUUUUUCUUGGUUAUAUCCACUCAAUUAUUGUCAGUACAUUCAAAUGUAUAGAUGAUAAUCAUAACAAUAAUAAUAAUAAUAAGUCUUUGUUCAACCAGGAGAUUAGGCUGAAUCCCAUGUCAUAUUUCACCUCCUCUUCCUUUGUGAAAAGAAAGUGAGCCUGUGUUAUGUUUGUUUACAUGGACCAAUGACGGAUUAUAUUUUUAUUCAAAACAGUUGGCAGUUUUCUGGAAAGCGGGAGCUUAGCCUCUUGAAUCUUAGUCCUGUUUCAUUUCAUAGCUAAACUAGAACUUUUUCUCAAAUUGUGCUUUGUAAAGCUUUGUUUUUGCUUUACCGGUUUUAGUGAUCAGAGUUCAUAUCAAAAAGCAUGGCAGUGUUUUUGAAUGUUAUGUUCGUGUGUGUUGGUAUACAGUGUUAUGAUAAGUACGUAUGUAUGUGUGUGUGUGUGUGUGUGUGUGUGUGUGUGUGUGUGUGUGUGUGUGUGUGGAGUCAGAAUUGUUGGAUGUGUUUUCCAGUAGCCUACUUGUGUUGUUGUUUGCUGCAAAUAUGGCGAGGGUCACAUUGUCAUUAAAAUCUCUUCUGAAAGCACAGCCCCCCCCCCCUAAAUUCUCUCAGGAAGUCAGAGCUACAUCACUCUCUCUGAGAGAUGGAUACGUAUUGGCUUACUGCUCCCCAGUCUCACUGUCCGCCUCCAUAUUACAGUUAAGAGAAUUUGUCUGAUAGGUAAUGUGUGAGGGGCUCUGUGAAGUGUGUAAAGGUUUAAUCUGCCAGUGUUACAAUGAAUGAUACUGCUGCUGUACUGUAGCAGUGGUUUGAUUAUCAAGCAGCAUUGAGUCAGCUGUCCAGGGUUUGAAAAAUCAGCUCUAAUCAGCAAUAUAAAUGUUUCUGUAGGAUCAAACAAAUAAGUUUUGCUUCCCAUGCAUGAUCACAGUGGGAAGACGUCCUCCACCUCUUUUUUUCAUUCUGUCAUGUUAGAAAGUGAUUUCAAAUAACAUUUAUAGAACAGUAUGUUUUUUGUGAGAUCUACUUAAAAUUUUCUUUCUGGAGGUGACUAACUUAAAAUAAUCAGGAUUUAUUGUUUUUUUUUGGUUUUAUUAUUUAAGCAUAACAAGAUUUCUGAAUGAUAAUCAAAUCAGUCGAAUUGUGGUUUAAUGCUGACAAAGUGCACACAUCUGAAUGGGUUUACACAAACUAAUUGGAUAUAUUCCACUUAUACACAUGUAAUAUGGAAUUUAAAAAAAAUGAAGAAGAAAAAUGUUACCUUUUACUGUAGGUACUGCAUGUGCAACUGAAGGCUUAUGUUUUUUAUCAUCCUCUUUAUAAUCCUUCCACUGAACAACUUAAUCAUUUGCAGUUACUGUUUGAACCUAUGCAACUCCCGAGCUUUCUCCCUGUAGCUGCCAAUGUGCUGUUGUAAUCGGUAAAGCCAAGCAGGUAGUGAGAUUAGUCCUUAAUGUGAAACAGAAGCCCCUCAUUUUCUCUGUUGUUUUGCCAAAAAUGAAAGCUGUCAAUUAUCUGAUACUAUUGAGUGUCUGGAGACGCCUCCUGUCUUUAUGGCCCAAGCCUGCGUCAGAGCUGUGGUAUCGUGUGCUCCUUCUAUUUUUGUGAGAUGAUUAAAGAAUUAUUAAGGGAUGGCAAAUAAAAUACAAAUGUGAAUGUCAA